AUGGAUGUAAAUUCAUCGAAAUUCGACAUCCAUACCCUAACUUACGGCGCUUCUCUGACCAAGCUCCUCUCCGCCAUCUGUCUCAUGCAACUGGUGGAACAAGACAGGCUUCCAUUGGAUUCUGAUGUUCGGAAGCUUGUUCCUGAGGUGCAGCAGAUGCAGAUUUUGCGAGGCUUUACUCCGGAAGAGCAGCCUAUCCUCGAGGACAAUGAGAAGCCCAUCACUCUCAAACAGUUGAUACUUCACACUGCCGGCCUCCGUUAUGACGUUGGGGACCCAGAUCUGCGAAGAUGGUCAAAAGCAAUCGGUCGGCCGAUUGGGAGGACGAUACGCCUUAGCAGAGACGGCUUCAGCGUGCCGCUAUCGUUUCCUCCCGGCGAUGGCUGGGCGUAUGGCCCUGCCCUGGAUUGGGCCGGCAUAGCGCUGGAGACGAUAACCAACAUGACGCUGGGCGACUACAUGAAGCACCACGUCCUCGACCCUCUCGAGAUGCACGACACGGGAUUCCGCGUCAACCAACUCCCUCACACGGCAGACCGGAGGGCCGAAGUCACGCUCCGCGAUGCCGACUCCAACACUCUCUCACACUUCGAGGUCGUCCCAGAAGAGCCCGAGAUAGACAGCGCCGGGGCCGGCAUCCACACGACGGCAAACGACUACGCCCGCCUGCUGCGCGCCAUGUUGCAGGCCGAGCCGGGCGUGGUCUCGGGGAAGACAGCGAAAGAAAUGUUUUCGCCGCAGCUGGAGCCGGCUCAGAGAAGGAUGCUGCAGGAGACCUUGUAUGCGCCUGAUAAGAAGCCCGCUUUUAUCCCCGAGUUUCCGGACGGCGUCGAGCUGCAGUAUGGAUAUGGGGGGUUGUUGGGUAUGAGCGACUGGCCGGGGCAACAGAGGCGGAAGGGGAGUCUUUGUUGGACGGGGGCGGCGAAUUCACGCUGGUGGAUUGAUCCGGAGUCGGGUAUUGCGGCUGUGCUGAUGGUGGCCGUCUUUCCGUUUGGCGAUACGGUGGCAACCAAGUUGUAUGCGGACCUGGUCAAGGCCGUGUAUGACGAGCUUGUUUAA